CCCUGCCGUAUGGGUGUGUGUGUGUGUGUGUGUGUGUGUGUGUGUGUCUGCUUGCGAGCAGAGCAGAGAGGAGAGGAAAGGAGAAGACAGAAGAAAGGGGAACUGCUAUUUAAAACAACAUUUCGAACCAAACACAGCUUUUCCUUCUAAACACAUUAUUAAACUACGGGGGGUUUAAACAGUACCCUAAACUGGCAUGACCAACCAACGACUUCCUCUGUCACCCGCCGGCGUGAUGCAGAACCCCGGGAAAGAACACCUCUACAAGGUGUUGGUGAUCGGGGACUUGGGUGUGGGGAAGACCUCAAUCAUUAAGCGAUACGUCCAUCAGACUUACUCUACGAACUACCGCGCCACCAUUGGCGUGGAUUUCGCCCUGAAGGUCCUGAACUGGGACUCUGAAACCGUCCGGCUACAACUUUGGGACAUCGCCGGUCAAGAGCGGUUUGGGAACAUGACCCGUGUGUACUACCGAGAGGCCAUGGGGGCGUUCAUCGUGUUUGACGUGACGCGGCCGACUACCUUCGAAGCCAUCACCAAGUGGAAGGAGGACCUGGACUCUAAACUCAUGCUGACCAACAGAGAGAGCAUCGCCACGGUCCUAUUGGCUAAUAAAUGUGACCAUGGGCGGGAGGUUCUGACCAAUAACGGCGUGAAGAUGGACCAGUUCUGUAAAGACAACGGUUUUGUGGGCUGGUUCGAGACCUCCGCCAAGGAGAACACCAACAUCAGUGAGGCAGCGAACUUCCUGGUGAAACACAUCAUGGCUACAGAGAAUGAUUUCCUAAAGUCAGUGGUCCCAGACACCAUCUCUCCAAAACUAAACGACUCACAACCUGGGACCUGCUCUGCCUGCUACAAACCAUAGCUAGACGACUCACAACCUGGGACCUGCUCUGCCUGCUACAAACCAUAGCUAGACGACUCACAACCUGGGACCUGCUCUGCCUGCUACAAACCAUAGCUAGACGACUCACAACCUGGGACCUGCUCUGCCUGCUACAAACCAUAGCUAGACGACUCACAACCUGGGACCUGCUCUGCCUGCUACAAACCAUAGCUAGACGACUCACAACCUGGGACCUGCUCUGCCUGCUACAAACCAUAGCUAGACGACUCACAACCUGGGACCUGCUCUGCCUGCUACAAACCAUAGCUAGACGACUCACAACCUGGGACCUGCUCUGCCUGCUACAAACCAUAGCUAGACGACUCACAACCUGGGACCUGCUCUGCCUGCUACAAACCAUAGCUAGACGACUCACAACCUGGGACCUGCUCUGCCUGCUACAAACCAUAGCUAGACGACUCACAACCUGGGACCUGCUCUGCCUGCUACAAAUCAUAGAGGGAGGAGAGGAGGAGAGGACUGGGGAUGAUGCGAGGGGAGGAGAAGAUAGGAGGAGAGAACUGGUUCAAAACAUAGAGGAAGAAGUGGAGGAGAGGUGAAGAGAGGAGAGGAGACAGACCCUGGAGAAGAGGAAGUGGAAACGGGGCUACGUUGGUCCUCUGUAGUUCAGUUUGUAGAGUAUGGUGUGUUUAACACCAGGGUAGUGGGUUCAAUACCAGGGACCACUCAUACAUAAAAUGUAUGCACGCAUGACAGUGAGUCGCUUUGGAUAAAAGUGUCUGCUAAAUGUAAUAUAUUAUUAUUAUUAUUAUUAUUAUUAUUAAGUUAGGGAGCAGAGAGUGGAGAGAUGAUUGAAUGUCACUACAAGUUCCAUCCCUAUCCACCUCUCCAGAAAACAGAGGCGCUGAGUUCAAAACAUCCCCUUCUCCUCGAUCCUUGGCUUUCCAUUUACGCAACUCGUACGCAACUUCGUGCCCCAAAGCUGAGGGAGUGAGAAUUAGACCCUCAUAUAAACACUUCAACCGGGUCAGCAAGGCUGCAAGCUUCAGAGCGAAGUGAUAUCCCGACACGCACUGAGAUAUGUUUGGAGUUUGCACAAUUUUAUACAAAAAUAAUGGGGAGGCGUGCCUAAUUAUAUGUCACGUAAAUUUGUUUAUGUCUGAUUUGGAGAUUUGACACAUGUAACAGAUGAAAUACCUCCCAAAUUAAAUGUUUAACUGUUACUGAGGUUAUACAGUGCAUUCAGAAAUUAUAAAAUGGAUCAAAUUAAAAAAAUGUUUUUUUAUCAAUAUUCACACAAUACCUUAUACUGACAAAGACAAAACAGUUUUUUAGAAAUUUUUGCAAAUCUUUUCAAAAAUAAAAACCUUAUUUGCGUAAGUA